AUGCCGUCGCCGUUGUGCGUCUUUCUUCUACUUAAUGGUGCAGCACUGGCCGAUUUCCUUGUGAAACCUCGUGUGGUCGCUUCAGUCAAUUAUGACGAUUACUCACUGCUAUGUGCUGAUGGGAUCCCGUUGCUGAUGGAGGAUCAUCGACCUCGGCCCUGUCAACCUCGGCCGUGGCUGCCCGAGCACAAGUGUCCAGCGAGUUUUUGGUGUCACGAAGGCGACGAUGAGUCCAGCUAUUAUUGCUGUCCAAGGAACAGAAAAUGUAGGUUUUUCCUACCAUCAGAAUACGCUACGCUUUACGCUUAUCAUGAUGGUCUACACACCCUGCUAGAACAGGCUUUGAACCGUUGUCAUUUGCUGCCGUUGACUGGCCAUGGAAAUCUCACUAUGCGGCGAUUCUACUAUGACUGGACAAGCGACGGCUGCCAUGAGCUCCACUACACCGGAAUCGGCGGCAACGAGAACAGUUUCAUGACUUAUGAAGAGUGUGAGGAUGCCUGCAGAGGAGCAGGUGAACCAUCGGUGAAUCCUUCGGACGGCUCAAAAAUCUCGAAGAACAAAAAGAUCACUAAAAAACCAUCGACAACGACGACAACAACGCCUGUUCCAAGUUCGCAAGUCGCCUCGGUAGAGCCGGUGACGGUCCCUUCAAUCGACAACUCCGAGCAACCUUCAACUUCGAAAUCAGCCGAGAACAGUCACGAGACUGUGCAA